ACAUCAUAUCGACCAUCCGUCGACCACUGCUCUUUUCAUCACGACUGCACGACUGCACCACGACACGGAUUUCAUCCGGCCACCAUCUUUUCGGCAUUGCAUAUAUCUAUACCCCACCUGCACAAUUAUACCCCGACAACGCUGCACAAUACCCAGCGCGACGAUUGCUUCUCCGGAGACUUAUACCCCAGCCACCCGAUGUGGCUAUGUCAGACGACGAGGACAAUGAGUCGCCCAAUGCGCCAGCCUCGCCGUCACUUUUCUUUUCCCGGGAGCAACUGCUCGCGAACCCUGCCGCGUUUCGCAUCUUCAUCUGA